CUUGACUUUUGUCAAUCUGAAGUCGCCAACUAAUUUGCUUCUUUUAAUGCAGAAAAGCUCGCCAUUGCAAAGGCCACCAACAAAGGAAUAAUAGAGUUGAACCCAUAAUGCCAAUUGAAAAGCAGAUUUUGAUUCAGCAUUCCAAGUAACAAGUCUGAUGCCAAUUUCUGUUGGAUAUACUUGCAGCAUUUAUUGCCGCUGUUUGAGAAGAAUUUGACAAGUGGGGUCAGAAAGCCACUAUUUGAGCGCGUUGAUAUUGUGCAUGAUUCUUGUUAAAAGUGAUUAGAGCUAAAUGGAGCUUGAUACUUCAUAUCACAAGCGCUCAAAGAGUGACUACUCUGGUAAUAUCUUUGAGGAAGAGAAAUUCAGUAAUCUCCUGAAGUCUUCAUAUCUUUCUGAGAUGGACAUGGGGCAGCUGAAGAGUAGUAUUGAACCCAAGAAGAGGCCCUUGACUGAUUCCAUGGUUCAAAAUACAUUGAAGGAAGAGAUUUUAGAGCUUCAAAAACAACUUGAGAACCAGUUUGCAAUGCGCCAAGCACUACAAAGGGCAUUGUGUCACAAACCUUUCUUGCAUGAUUCCUCAUUAGAAAACUCCAUUUCCAAGCCAGCUAAGGACCUUAUAAAAGACAUUGCCACUUUGGAGUUGGAGGUUGUCUACCUGGAAAAGUAUCUUCUUUCCAUGUACAGGAAAACUUUUGCAAAAAAGUUGAUUCCCUCAUCUAUGACUAGAGAAAAGCCAAAUCAAAAUUCACCUCCGAAGGAACAGGUCUCUUCAGAAUUUCCUCAAAAUAACAGUUCAGAGGAUUCACCUACCAAUGCUGAACAUUUGAUGCCACCUGGAGGUUCAUCAGCUAGUCCACUUAAUGAAAGUUUGGGAUCUCAGAUACUUGAAGAUUAUAGUAUUCACCGCAGCCACUCAUCACUAUCUCAUCGGUCAGCAGUUGGUGUGAAAACUUCUCCUUCGCUGGGACCACUGGCAGUAGAAGAAGCUGUGGAAUCAUACCAUUCAUUACCUUUAUUUAUGCUGGAGAGGGCUCAGGGAAGUUCAAAUGUUAGUCUGCCAGAGCAUCUCGUCCCCAGUGUGCAGGAUCGUGCUUGGGGAAGUCCAAAUAGAAUUUCCGAGGAGAUGAUUAAAUGCAUUUCAGCAAUAUGUUGUAAACUUGCUGACCCUCCUUUGAACAAUUAUGGUUUCCCUUCAUCCCCUGGAUCAAUUUCAUCAUCUAGAAGUUCUCCACGGGAUCAGAAUCAUAAUUGGAGCCAACAUUGCAGUGAAAGUUCAUUAUUCAAUUCAUGGUUGGACAACUCAUUCCGUAUUGAAUCACCUAAAGAAUUUAGCUUUCCUUUUCAAACCGUGGCUGAAAUUCAUGGGAUCUGCAGAGAUCAGAAAAGCUUGAAUGAAGUCGAGGAUAUGAUACAGAAAUUUAGGUCUCUUAUUUCGUUUUUAGAGUUCGUUGACCCAAAGAAAAUGAAGCAUGAAGAGAAGCUAGCUUUUUGGAUAAAUGUCCACAAUGCUCUAGUGAUGCAUGCCUAUUUGGUUUAUGGCGUUCCAAGAAGCAAUAUUAAGAGAAUGUCUUUGCUUCUCAAGGCUGCAUAUAACAUUGGUGGUCAUACUGUGAGUGUGGACAUGAUACAGAGCUCUAUUUUGGGAUGUCGAUUACCUCGUCCAGGACAAUGGCUGCAGUCAUUGUUCUUUUCGCGAGCGAAGUACAGGGCAGGAGAUACCUGUAAAUUAUUUGCAACCGGGCACCCAGAACCCCGUCUAUAUUUCGCACUUUGUUCAGGAAGCCAUUCUGAUCCAAUGCUUCGGGUUUAUACACCCAGGAGAGUCUUCCAGGAGCUUGAAGUGGCAAAAGAAGAGUACAUUCAGACCAACAUGAGGGCACAAAAAGAUCUGAAGCUGCUGUUGCCCAAGAGAGUGGAUUCUUUUGUAAAGGAGUUAGAUUUGUGUCCGUCUGGUUUUGCAGAGCUAAUCGAGCAUGCUUUGCCAGGUUUCUUGAGGGAAAAAUUUCAGCAGCCUCAGCAAGGAAAAUUUUGGAAGAAAAUUGUGUGGGUACCUCAUGACUUCGCCUUCCGCUAUUUGAUUGCGGAUGAAUUGGUUAACUAAAAUUGCCCUGUAGUUUAAUAUGGGACUUUGUGAAUGAACAUUUGUUGUAUCGUUUUCUA